AUGGACUAAAGAUAUGAAAUAUCAUCAUAGAAUAAAUUGCAAAAUAAUACUUUGAAUAAAAGUAGUCAAACUCUACAACUAAAUUCAAUAUGUAUAAUUAACUGAAUUAAUAAGAGACAGAUUGGAAUCAUUUAAAUUUCGGAUUAGAAUAACUGAAUUAGCAAUAAAAUCAAUUACUAUUUUAAUUAUAAUAUUAGGAUGGAUAAGAAUUAUUAAAAUAAAAUACAUUAGAAGGGGGAUAAAGAGUUAAAUGGAAUUUCUCUUGA